AUGCUGUGCGCAAUUUCUGGUGAGGCUCCUCAGGUCCCUGUAGUUUCGCGAAAGAGUGGAAAUGUUUUUGAGAAGCGCCUUAUCGAGGCCUAUGUUUCAGAAAAUGGCAAAGAUCCAGUAACUGGCGAAGAUCUUACGGUCGAAGACCUCGUAGAGCUCAAAUCGGCCCGAGUUGUUCGACCGCGUCCUCCCACCCUUACAUCAAUUCCGUCCCUCCUAGGAGUUUUCCAGGAAGAAUGGGACGCCCUUGCGCUUGAAACAUACACUUUGCAACAGACCCUAGCUCAGACCCGACAAGAACUUAGUACCGCAUUGUACCAACAUGACGCUGCUGUUCGAGUCAUUGCAAGACUCACAAAGGAACGAGAUGAGGCUCGCGACGCAUUGUCUAAGGUUUCGGUGGGCGCAGGUCGUGCUCCCAGCAAUGGCGAUGCUAUGCAAGUAGAUAGCACUGGGCUACUGCCUGCUGUCAUUGCUAGGAUAGAUGCUACACAAGAAAAGUUAUCGAAAACACGUCGCAAACGAACUGUUCCGGAGGAAUGGGCAACGGUGGAAAUCAUACAAGAGCUCAAACCCACAGAGACAUCCGAAGUGCUUUAUCCUGGUGGAAAGUUCUUGUCCCUCGAUUCCUCUGGUGAGCUGGCGUUGGUGGGAGGUGUCGAUGGAGUAGCAGGGAUAUAUUCCCUGUCUGAGAAGCGGAUAGUGUCGUCGUUGAAAGUUGGGGGUGCCGUCACAGAUGCUAUAUGGAUAGGAGACAAGGCAGCCGUCGCAACAUCCACUGGCACUGUGAAAUUAUUUGAAAAUGGAACAGAGAUUGCCAGUUUCAAUUCUCAUGCAGGAGAAGCCCUUUCGUUGGCAGCCCACGCGACAGGUGACAUCCUCGCGUCUGUAGGUGUGGAUAAAAGUUAUGUCCUCUACGAUCUUACGACAAAUGCAGUAAUCACUCAGAUCUACUGUGAUUCUGCUUUAUCCUGUGUCAAAUUCCACCCUGACGGCCACAUUCUCGCUGCUGGCGGUGCCGACGGGCAAAUUAAGAUCUUCGACGUUAGAACAGGAGCAAGUGCGGCCAAUUUCAGUUCUACCGGUGCGCUUAAAGCUCUAUUCUUUUCAGAGAAUGGCACAUGGCUGGCAUCUGUAACUGAGAACUCGUCUACCGUCUCAAUUUGGGAUUUGCGCAAGUCAGCUGAGGUGAAGGUUCUGGAAACGGGAAAUCGAGUGGAUUCCAUCAGCUGGGACUACACCGGGCAAUUUUUAUUGACAGGCGGACCAAAUGGAGUGACCGUACGGCACUAUUCCAAGACGUCCAAGCAAUGGUCAGAGCCUCUGAGGAGUGCAGUCCCGGCAGUUGCGGUGGAAUGGAGGAAAUCAGCCCAGGGCAUAGUCGUGCUGAAUACCGAGGGCGCUCUUACGGUGUUGGAGUCAAAACCAUGA